UUCCUCCAGAGUGGUUCAGUCGUAACACCUACCACGCUGGCCCCACAACAGUAUGGCAGGUUGGAGUGGUUCUGUAUGCUCCACAAAACAACACAUUUUAUGACCCAAAAAUUCCUCAGGAACCAGCAGAAAAUCAGCCAUGAGCUGUCCGAAGAGUGCCAGGAUUUUCUCAAAGGAUGUCUUGCCGAAGUCCCCGAAGAACGUCCCACCCUGCAGGAGCUCCAGCUGCACGCAUGGCUCAGUUGGUUCUAAUUUGCCAUUUGAACUCUACAAUCUGCUCAACCAGUGCGGCUGUGUUUCAAGGCUGGCAGAGAUCAACUACCUCUGUUUGAUUGAUGCUCGUGAAACCGAAGAUUACAGAAUAAGUCACAUCAUAACAGCUAAAAGUGCCAAGACGGAUUCAGAGGGCACUUUUCUCCUGCCAGAGGCUGUGGAGGUGGACAGUAUGCAGCAUGUGAUGGUUUAUGACAGCAACACAAGAUGUUUACAGGAACAAGGCAGAGCAGUUCAGUGUGCGCAGGCCCUCGCCAAAGUUAGCCUUUACCCAGUCCACAUAGUGAGAGGAGGCUUUGAGAGGUUCUCAGCUCUGUACCCUUCUUUAAGAACUGAGAAAAUCAUCUACACCAUCACGGAGCUGGAAAACCUGAAGACUUAUCCAGUGGAGGUCAUAGCAGGACUGCUGUAUAUGGGCAACCAGAAACAAGGCACAGACUACUGUAUCCUCAAAACCCUGAAAAUCAGUGCUGUCAUCAGAAUCUCAGAGAGUGACGCUUUGGAAUGUAGAUCCGUAAAGGGGAACCAGACCAUCCUUAGCAUUCCUGUGGCUGACUCAGUGAUGUCUGAUUUAUAUUCAAGUUUUGAAAGGAUUUGUAGUUUUAUUGGUUCACACAUCAACAUGGGCUCUCGAGUCAUGAUAGUUUCGAGGCAGGGCAGAAGCCGUUGCAGUGCCGUAACCAUUGCCUUCCUCAUGCACCACCUUAAAUACACCCUGGAGGAGGCCUGGAAGUACAUGCUCAAAUGUAAACCCACCAUGAGGCCAAACACGGGCUUUGUACAGCAGCUGUCUGACUGGGAGCUUCACAUUGUGGGGGAAAAAAAGACAGAUAUCUCUGAACUUCAUUUUUAACAAAGGAACCAACAGCUAUGACAAUGGUGCGGCCAACUCAUAAUUAUUUCAUGCAAUGAAGACAGCAGGUUUUAGUUAUAUUGUCUGUACAAAGCAGUGGUACCAUCCAAAAAUAAAAAUAAUAAAAACAAAAUGAGUAAAUUUCAUGUUCGGUUA